GCAUCUGGUGAGCGCGUACAGAACAACAUUGCCAAUUUUCCUUCCUAUUGAGUACAUAUAAUGGCUAAGAGCUACCAGACCAUGCAGCCUACACAACUUAGUAUUAAUUUCCAUUUCACUGAAAUUAAACAUUUACUAGGAGCGCUAUGUAACCUUAAAUUGCAGACAAUAUUUCUACUACGUAACGUUGAAAACGGAAAAGCUGCAAGAUACUUGUAUAAUCCUCCAACUCGCUAGUACUCAUACCUCUUAACAACCUGUUAGCGCGAGAAUUCUGGAUAAAACCAAAGAUAGUGGUAAACAAAGAUCCAAAUCAAGAACACAGUUUUAAAUAUUGCUCUUAUACGAAUAACACGUUAACACGAGUUAUUCCAUAGAAUAUAAGGUCUGAAAUUCAAAUGUCGGUCAUUAUUUAACAUCUGCAUAAAGCCAUAAAUUGCAUGAAAAACAGAAGACAUUGUGCAAAAUUUUCGCUAAGACACAUCAAAACGGUGUACUCCCGGGGUGUAAGAAUCGCUUCCGUUUCCGAAGACUAUCUGAAACUUCCGGCAACCCUUAAGCAAACGAAAACAAAAAUGGCAGCGCCCGAGUGUAAACAUGCGAGUCAAGAAGUGAGGUUCAAUUUUAGGGCUCCAGAAGGCUUUGUCGCAGUUCCAGUGAAAUUUUCAGACAAGCAACUAUCAUACCAUUACCUCUACAUUAAAGAACACAGAGUGAGAGAGAGUGUUGAUUCUGAGCGACCACAGGACAGGACCCUUUUUGUAGUUAAUGUCCCAACAUACUGCACAGAGACUUGCUUGUCAAAACUUUUUAGUUGCUGUGGUCAAGUUCAGUCUGUAGAGCUGCAGCAGAAGCCUGGACGGGGAGGGAAAUCAGAGACUCACAACUCUAAAUUUUUCAACCUGAAAACAUUAAAGGGUUUCCGUGUUGCAUAUGUAGUGUUUAAAAGUCCUUCUGGAGUUGCAGCUGCCAAGUCACUGAAACCGAAGAAGCCGUUUGUGCUUUCUACAGCAGAAUGUCCAUUGAAAACUGGCAUUCAGAAAUGGAUUGCAGAUUAUGAAGCAACAAUUGUUGAUCCAGAGGAAUUGCAAGCUGAAGUGGACUCUUACAUGCAGGAAUAUGACCAGAAAGUGGCAGAGGAAGAAGCAAAAGCUGAAGAAGAAGAAGGGGUUCCAGAUGAGGAAGGCUGGAUAAAGGUUACACGGAAGGGUAGACGUCCUGGAAUUCCACGAACAGAAGCUGCUAAUAUUCGAGCAGUUGAGCGAGAAAAGAAGAAACGGGCACAGAAGGAGCUUCUGAAUUUCUAUGCUUGGCAACACAGAGAGUCCAAGAGGGAAUACAUUGCUGAACUUAGGAAGAAAUUUGAAGAGGACAAGCAGAGAAUUGCACUGAUGAGAGCCCAGAGGAAGUUCAGACCAUACUGAUUAACAGCACACUCCAAACUACUUAUCACUUUAAAUACUUCCAAGCAGAUGAAAUGUUGACUGGAUUUGUUCCUUAUUUACAUUUUGACUUCUGUUGGAGAUAACAUGCCUGUAUUUUUUUUUUAGAAAAAAAAAGUGGUAGAUUAUCUGGUGAGAGUAAUAGGAAAUGCUUUUUGAACAGAUUGUGAACAGAACAGUUUGAUGAACAAGACUGUGAAUUGGACAGUUUGACUUUGAUGGUCUAAAAGUUUCUUGACCAAAAUCACAAGUCAUGCCAUUUUUUUGAGAGUGAAAAAAUAUGUUCAAGUGUGGUCAGGAACUUGCAAAUCAUUUAUUUUUACUUUACUGAAAAAAAGAAUGUUUACACUUGGGAGUGUCUGACCUACAUUAAGCAUGUUAACUAAAUCUCAACAUGUUUGAUAUUUUUCCAUUUUUAAAAUGGGAUUUGUUAUUCUUUUAAGGACUGUACUUCCAAAAUUUCUCACUGGACCUUCUUGACCAAACAAUGAAAUAAUGUGUGUGUGUGUGUA